AUGUGCCGUAUCAUCCCUGCCUUCCCGAACGAGAUCACAUUGAUCAUACUUCAUGAACUUCCACUCGCCGACCUCGUCAUUUGGAUUUCCAAGAAGCACGAUGUCGAUGAUGCGACACGGUUUGCGUGGGUACAGAACCAGUGGACGGAGACGUAUGCGAAGAUGGAGACCAAUGAGACGUCUGCAGAAGAUUUCUGGUCGCACAUAGAAGUCAACCCGCUACUCUUAUCUUUGGACACACCUUUCAGAAGAACGAAAACGGCUGAGCGAGAUGCCAUUGGCUACGAUACAUUAUGUUUCCCCCGGCAGAAAAUCUUCUACGAGGUCCCUGGAAAAUCCAACCUUACCAGCUUCCAAGCUGCCAGUAUUUCGCGGAUGACGAAGGUUUUUAACUGCUUCGGGUUUGCUACCAAGCCGCACUUUCACAUGACCCCUGGGUCACUAACCGACCUUGAUGUUGAGCUCUUCCUUCCCUGUACCGUCAGAACUGACCUCAGCGAGGCGCGGCCGGACAGUGGCGUCAAGAUCGCUCCUUUACCCGCCCUUACGAUUAGUACUACAUCCGUCUCUACGCGCAAGACUGUUCGCUUCUAUGAGGGCGUCAAGCGUCGACUUUAUGACCUCAGUGGUCCAGCUAAGGGCGUCAAUACUCCACUCGACAAGCGCAACUGGGAACCGCUGAUGGGCGGCGCUGCCUAUCCGGGUAGUGCUAUCCCCAUCGGUUUCGACUCAAUAUUCAUAUCUACUAGCCUGAAGACCAUUGCCCUGAAGCGCCGCGUCCUUAACCGCUUCAAGGCCGUCCAAGAAUACGAGAAACGUCGCAGGCAGGCCGCUAUUGCUUUCGGUGACGACAACCCGCCGCUUGAUCAGUUGGAGUACGGUAACGCAGACCACAAGCUUGCGCUCCAGGCCACCAAGGUCAUCACCAUCGACGACAUUGGCACCUUUAUGAGCCCGCUCGAGCUUGGGAUCCCGCCUACCACUUAG